CCAACUCAUGAGAUUCAAUUCGAGUCUCUCCGCGAGUUCUUCUUCGCUUAUUCCGCCUUUCCACGAUUUAGCCUGACCUUUGCGAGUGAACUUUCUCAUGAGCGCGCCGAAUUAGCUCGUCAUCUGGAUCAUUCAAUUGAGGAUCUUUUAAGCGAAAUUAUCGCGCACGAUCUAACCGCCUCUUGGUCACGAGGAGGGACUGAAUUCGCUAAUACUCUUGUCAUCCUCUUUUCAGACCACGGAGCACGCAUGGGAAAGGCCCGUUUGUCUCUUCAUGGUCAUCUUCGGAAGUUCUACAGUUCUACACUGGCGCCGAAGCGGGCGCGCCUCUUCACUGAUGAAAGCAUCAUCUGGCACGACCGCUGCACCAAAUGCUACAAACCCUCCGGUUUACACAAUCUGUGCCCGCAUGGAAAACUUGAGGAACGUUUGCCCUACAUGGCCUUUAUUUUGCCACUUCAAUUUCGUAAUCUCUGGCCAGAGGCAGUGCGAAAUCUUUUUCAAAACAGGAAACGACUUGUCACUCUGUUUGACCUGCACGACACCCUCUUGCACCUGCUGGAUUGGCAGAUGGGUAGGGAUUACGACUCCUUGCAAAGUCGCGGCGUUUCCCUCUUCACCCCGGUUUUCGAGACGCGCAGUUGUGCAGACGCUGGGAUCGCCGGCCACUGGUGCGUUUGUCAAGUCUGGAGAGCCGUUCCAGGACCAAAAUUGCCGACUGCUUCUCUGCUCCAGUUGCCUGUGCUUCAGGCUUUCCCCUCCGAUAUGGUGGAGGGUUCGCCGGGACUCGAUUGGCCUCCUCUGGUCAAAUUGGCGGGUCGUCACCUUAUUGUCCAUCUAAACAGGGCGACUGACAUGAUACGUGUCAGGUCAGUGGGUCAACUUGGAAGCAGACUCUGCCAGCAGCUUUUCUUAAAGGAGAUAAUUACCGCCGAAGUCAAGGAUGUGUCCGACGAGCUGACGCGCUUUUGGAACAACUCCGACUACGACGGCCGACUGCCCAGUUUCAUGGAUUCCAAGGCCAUCGUUGCCUCUAGCAUAGACGAGAUUCGCAUCCACGCUGUCGUAGGACCAGGUGAUGCGCAUUUUGAGGCGAGUCUUCAUAUCAUCGGUCCGUUGUCCGCUUCCCAGCUUACCCCGGCCAAUGGUGAUGAUGGUGAUGAUGCUGCAGUCUCUUUCCGCCUCCUCGACUCUGAUAUAAGUCGGCUUGACUUCUACGAAGCCAAGGUUGCCUGCGUUCCAUCAGAGGUCGGGCAGUGGGCGGUACUGCGUCGCUAUUGUGUCUGUUGA